AAACGCGAUGAUUCGAGCUAGAAGAAAGAAGAACGAGCUCACGAAGCUAUAGUCCUCGUUGCUUUUAGUCCGGUUAAAUAUUUGGUUCUCAGCUAGGGAGAGCUUUCCUUAUCUGUGCUUGCACUUGCGACCAACCCCGUCUCCGUUCUUUGUCCUCGCUCUGAUUUUGAACCGCCAUCGGCUUUGCUUUCCCCUUCCCCCCUUCCCCUUUUCCCUUUUCUUUAUACGUCCGCCACCCCUAUCCCUUCUUUUUCCUCGCGAGUGUUCGUUUGAAAAGAGGGAGAAAAUGCUGCGGCGAGAGCGACGUCCCUGUUUGAAUUGGCGACCAGGGAAUUAGGACCCACGAAUAGAAACGGAGAAAAGAGAGAGAGGAAAAGAAGGAAGAGAAUUCGCUUACUGUCGUUGUUGGGUUCUGAGGGAACUCUUGCUUCACUCGCAAGUGACGGUAGCUGCGGUAGCAAAUCUCAAAGGACCCUCUGAUGGCGGUCCCUCUUCGCCGAUUCAUUUCUUUUUUGACCACCCGUCAACUGAUCUUGGGAUCUGAUAUCGAGUGGAGCGCCGUUUGAUCGUUGUUGCUGGCUUGUUGCUUCGUUUGCAAGCGCCGUGUUCUUUGGCGCGGGUGGGUUUUCUGUCCCGUGGGUCUUUGUGUUUUGGGAUGCGCGAGUUGGGGCGAGCUUUCUUCCACAGGGUUUUAUUAUUUUAACUGCGUUCCGAAGAGAGGUUUUAGCUUGCUUCCGGUGUGCUAAUUUGCAUUCAGUGCCAUUGCUUCUUGGGCUCCUGAGGCACUUGCUGAGCACCCAAAAGAGAAAAAGAGCGAGUCCGGUGAGUUUGUUUUUCCAUGGAGUGACAUUUGAGCUUUUUACACAUGCCCAGUUGAGCUCAGUCGCUUUUUGCUUCUUUCCUUGGUUCGAAGUCUGAGGAUUCGUUUUCGGAUGAGCAUUGGCGGAAGCAGGUGAUGCUCUCGCUGUUUCGUUUUGUCUGUGAGAUGCUAUUCGGCACGUGGAUGUGCAAGUUUCUCCAUAAGAGUUGAUGGGAGUGUUGGCCUUGAUUUGAGCUGAAGAUCAAGAUUCAAUAAUAAUGGUGCUGAAGUUUUUUCCAGGGAGUUUCCAGAAAUGGGUCUUCCUGGCCUUCUGUUUGUGUUCAUUUCUGUGUCUGAAGACCCCAGCACAAUCUUGUGAUCCAAAUGAUCAUUUGGCAUUGAAGGAAUUCGCCGGUAACCUCACUGGCGGGUUAAUUAUCGCUGCUUGGUCCAAUGAUCUUGUUUGCUGUGAGUGGGAUGGUGUUUUCUGCGAUUAUUUAAGUAACUCAUCAGCUUCCUUCAGAGUUACAAAGUUGAUUCUGCCGGACCGAGGCCUCAAAGGCUUUGUUUCUCGCUCCUUGGGCCAUUUGAGUGAGCUGAGAUUGCUUGAUCUCUCGCACAAUUAUCUCGAAGGUGAUUUGCCUGCUGAAUUGUCGCUCUUGAAGAAGUUGAAGUUUCUUGAUUUGAGCCAUAAUAUGUUGUCAGGACCAGCUUGGGGAGCAUUAUCUGGUCUUACAUCCAUCCAAUCUUUGAAUAUUUCCAGCAAUCAGUUCGAUGGGGAUUUGCUCGAGCUUGGGAAUUAUCCUAAUCUUCUUGUGUUCAAUAUUAGCAACAAUUCUUUCUCCGGAAGCUUCAAUUAUCAAGUGUGCGGUUCAUCUAACAGUAUCCGUGCCCUUGAUUUAUCGAUGAACCAUUUGGUGGGGGGUCUCGAUGGCUUGGAGAAGUGCGGGCUGUCUCUUCAGCAACUACAUCUGGAUACUAAUUCCCUUUCUGGCCAUCUCCCAGAAUCUUUGUAUAGUAUGUCGUCUCUGGUGCAACUCUCCAUAUCUGGGAACAACUUCUCUGGCUCAUUGAGUGUGAGCUUAAGUAAUCUUUCUAGCCUCAAAGCCUUGAUUGUAUGUGGAAAUCUGUUUUCGGGCCCUUUUCCUAACGUUUUUGGGAACCUUAAGCAGUUAGAACAGUUAACUGCGCAUUCAAAUUCAUUCUCAGGGCCACUUCCCCCGAGCCUGUCUCUCUGUCCAAACCUUCAAGUGCUUGAUCUCCGGAACAAUUCUCUUACUGGCCGAAUUGAUCUAAACUUCACCAGGUUGUCCCGUCUCUGUACAGUUGACCUAGCCUCCAAUCAUUUCUCUGGCCCUCUUCCAGAUUCCUUGUCCAGUUGCCGUGAGCUGAAAAUUUUAAGCCUUGCCAAGAAUGGUUUCAGUGGAGACAUCCCCGUAAGUUAUGGGAAGCUCACAUCCCUCUUGUUCCUCUCAUUGUCAAACAACAGCAUUGUUAACUUAUCCGGUGCUUUGUCCGUGCUUCAGCAGUGCAAAAAUCUGAGCACUCUUAUCCUCACAAAGAACUUCCGUGGGGAGGAAAUUCCUGGUAAUGUGACGGGUUUCAAUAGUCUGAUGGUUUUAGCUCUUGGAAAUUGCGCUCUCAGAGGUCAAGUCCCUGUGUGGGUAUUGAGUUGCCCAAAGUUACAAGUUCUUGAUUUGUCGUGGAAUUAUUUGGAUGGAAGCAUCCCUUUUUGGAUGGGGAAGAUGGAGAACUUGUUUUAUUUGGAUCUGUCAAACAACUCUCUCUGUGGGGAGAUCCCCAAGAGUUUAACAGAGUUAAAGUGCCUCGUUUCUUCGAACUGUGCCUCGCCAAGUCUCACUGCUUCUGCCGGAAUCCCUCUAUAUGUCAAGAGAAACCGGAGUGCAAAUGGCUUACAAUACAACCAGGUCUCGAGCUUUCCUCCCUCGAUAUUAUUGAGCAACAACAGACUGAACGGGACUAUAUGGCCUGAAAUUGGUCAGUUGAAGCAGCUUCAUGUCUUGGAUUUGAGCAGGAAUAACAUUACUGGAACGAUUCCUUCUUCCAUCUCAGGUAUGGAGAAUGUAGAAGUACUGGACUUAUCCAAUAACAAUCUCUAUGGAUCCAUCCCGGAUUCACUCAAGGAGCUCACAUUCCUCUCAAAGUUUAGUGUGGCCAAUAAUCACUUAACAGGUCGAGUUCCUACUGGGGGACAAUUUGGGAGCUUUCCAAGCUCUAGUUUUGAAGGGAACCCUGGGCUUUGCGACGAAAUAGAUUCUACAUGUGAUGUAACUGAUAAUAUGGGGAUGAGGCCUAAUAUUACAUCCGGGCCCCAGAAUAAGUUCAGCCGUAGAAGCAGCAUUCUUGUCGUAACAAUCAGUGUCGCGAUAGGGGUUUCACUACUGCUGGUUGCCAUUUUACUAAAGAUCUUGAGGAGGGACGUUAGCGAUCAUAUAGAUGACUUACAUGAGGAACUAGGCAGGCCUCAUAGGUUAUCUGAAGCUCUUGAAUCUUCCAAAUUGGUGCUUUUUCCAAUUUCAGACUGCAAAGAUCUUACAGUUGUGGACUUAUUAAAGUCAACGAGCAAUUUUAGCCAAGCGAACAUUAUUGGUUGUGGUGGAUUCGGUUUAGUUUACAAAGCGAACCUCCCGAACGGCACAAAAGCUGCAAUCAAGAGGCUUUCUGGGGAUUGCGGUCAGGUCGAACGCGAAUUUCAGGCCGAAGUGGAGGCUUUAUCAAGAGCUCAGCAUAAGAACCUUGUUUCUCUCCAAGGUUAUUGUCGCCAUGGUAACGACAGGUUGCUGAUAUAUUCAUACAUGGAGAAUGGAAGUCUAGAUUACUGGCUGCACGAGUGUAAUGAUGGAGGCUCUGUUCUUGCAUGGGAUAUCAGGCUCAAGAUAGCUCAAGGAGCUGCGCGGGGAUUGGCAUACCUGCACAAGGUUUGCGAACCAAAUAUUGUCCAUCGAGAUGUGAAAUCCAGCAACAUACUAUUGGAUGAGAAGUUCGAGGCUCAUUUAGCUGAUUUUGGCCUCUCGCGGCUGCUUCGUCCCUAUGAUACUCAUGUGACUACAGAUUUGGUUGGAACUUUAGGGUAUAUUCCUCCAGAGUAUAGCCAGACAUUGACAGCCACCUUCAGAGGCGAUGUUUAUAGUUUUGGCGUCGUUCUUCUCGAGCUUCUUACCAGUAGGAGGCCUGUGGAAGUUAUCAAAGGCAAGAAUUGUAGGGAUCUGGUUUCUUGGGUGUUUCAGAUGAAGUCUGAGAAGAGGGAGGAAGAGAUCAUUGACCCGUCGAUAUGGGUCAAGGAUCAUGAGAAGCAGGUACUGGAAGUGCUCAGUGUGGCGUGUAAUUGCACUGACCGGGAUCCCAGGAGGAGACCCUCAAUUGAGCAGGUCGUGUCGUGGCUCGACAGGGCUGGUUUUGAGGGUUCUCCAGGAUCCUGACUAGAUCACCUCUCUUUGCAAACUGAAGAGGAUUAUCCAUGGAGAUUGUACAUGUAAAGCUACAAAACUGUUCCUAGUUCCUGCAACGCUGGGAUAAUGUCGAGAGACCAUGUCAUCACAGCAGUCAUAGGAAAAAUCUUUGGCUAUGCAUACUGAAAGAUCAAAUCUUUUGUAUCUUUAGGCUGUUUCGCCGUUUAUAUUCUAUAAAUAAGAAGUUUGUCCC